AUGGAUUCCUCGUCUCCUCUCUCUCGCAUCGAUACACUAGUAUCAGAUAUGCCGUUGGAGAAAGACAGUAAUACCGACAUCGUUCUACGCGACAGACUGAGUGCGCUGCCCGAUGAGCUGCUGCUCCACAUCUUCGAGGCGGUUGGUUGCCUCUCCAGACGCGACCUCUGCAACGUAUCGCGCGUCAACAAACGAUGCCACCGCCUCAGUGACGCCGUCUUAUAUAAGAGCAUUCUGUUCGAAACUCCAGAGCUGCACCUCACAUUCAGCGAGUCAUUAAGCCGUCGCCCGCGCCGUGGCUCAGCCAUCCAUGAAAUCAAGCUGGCUUAUCCGUCUUCAGAGCUGUCGCAGCUGGCGCUCGAUGCACCUGUCGCCGGUUCAUACCUGGAUCCCAAGCGAUCAGAUAGCCUCUCACGGACGCUAUCGAUCAUGUCAAAUUUGGAGAAGCUCGACAUUUCCGUCCCAGACGUGCUCCUACACGGUAUCGGUACCUUGUUCAACGGACCCUUCGAUCUCGCAUGCUUGAAGUCCUGCUCACUAUUCUACCAAUGCGCUAAUGAUGCUUACUGGGACCUCCGCGAGAACAUACAUAUCUUCGCCCAUCCUACGCUGGAAACCUUGACGAUCCGCAGAGCUAAGCUAGACGAGAAGGGCUUCGAUCACAUCGAGCGGCCGCACAUGACAGCGCUCAAACAACUUCACUUGAUCGAAUGCGAUAUUAACGACGACUCGCUUGGGGAUCUCCUCGAAUUGCCCGAGGCGCUGGAGGAGUUUGUCAUGACGCAAACAGAAGAACCGGAGCCAGAACUGGAAGAAAGCUCUGAUAACGUUGGGGACUAUAUCCUGGCUGCUCAGUCGCAAGCGGAGUUCUUGAAGAGCAUAACGAUCGAUCACCCAACACUUACCGGGCGCAAGGUGCUACGUAUGCGCGAGUUCGCAGCGCUCAAGACAUUGCGCCUGAACUGGGAUUACCAGCUGUUUGGAAAGUCAUCUAAGAAACCGCGUCUCCAUUCCGUUGGUCUCCCGCCUGUUAUGGACACACUCGAGUUUUUCAAUGAACUAGGAAGCGACGCCGAGGUCACAGACCUUCUACUGGCUACCAUCGAGCAGAAGGAUAUCGUUGCUAGGAAUUGGAAAACUUUGGUUGUGGUUGAGGGCGAAGACGGAGUAUCGAGGGGAAUCAAGAACGCGUGCAAGACAGCCGGGCUACAGUUGGACAUCAUUGGGGCUAUGGACGAGGAUACCGAAUCAGAAAAUGAAUCAGAGAACGAAUCAGGAAACGAAUCAGAAAAUGAAUCGGAAAGCGGAUCGCAAGGCAAAUUCUGGGCAAAACCAGAUGCCAGGACCCAGAUAUCGGAAAGCGAAUCGGAGAGCGAAUCGGAGGGCGAGGCAGGCUAUAGGGUGCAGAGGGACAUUGAGUCAGAUAACGAUGAGAGCAUUUCAGGUCCUCGUCGUUUUAUGUGA